CUACGUGUCUCAGUCUCAGCCCCUCCCUGUGUAGGAAUGUACAGAACUGGUUAAUGAGUGUCAGAGACUUUAGUGUCAUUUCUCUCUUCUGCUCUUAGCGAUGGCGUCUGCUGAUCUGAGAAAGGAGCUGGAAUGUUCCGUCUGUCUGAACAUUUAUACAGAUCCUGUAACCCUGAUAUGUGGACACAACUUCUGCCGGGACUGUAUUGGUCGUGUGUUGGAUACACAGGAGGGGUCUGGAGGUUAUUCCUGUCCAGAAUGUAGAGAAGAGUUCCAGGAUCGGCCUGCACUGCGGAGGAACAUAACACUACGUAACAUAGUGCAGAAUUUCCUGUCUUCUCAGCCACAUCAGGAGGAGUCUGGAGUCUCCUGUACUUAUUGUAUUCACACUCCUGUACCUGCUGUCAUAUCCUGUCUGCAUUGUGAAGCUUCUCUGUGUGACAAUCACCUGAAAGUCCACAGCAAGUCACCAGAACACGUCUUAUGUGACCUCACCAUUUCCCUGGAGAACAGGAAAUGCUCCGUCCAUAAGGAACUACUGAAGUAUUACUGCACUGAGGACUCCUCCUGUAUCUGCGUGUCCUGCAGUUUGGCCGGAGAACAUCGGGGACACCAGGUGGAGACUCUGGAUGAGGCCUCUGAGAUGAAGAAGAAGAAACUGAGGAAUGUUCUGCAGAAACUGAUGACAGAGAGAGAGAAGACAGAGAAAAGAGCCCAGAGUCUUCAGGAACGCAGGAGGAAAGUACAAGGAAAAGCAGAUGAUGAAACAGAGAGAGUCACUGUCCUGUUCAGAGACCUCAGGAGACGUCUGGGAGACCUGGAGAAGAGAGUCCUGAGGGACAUCUCCAGGCGGGCAGAGCGGAUCUCCGUGAUAAUCAAUGCUAUGAUCCAGCAUCUGGAGAUAAAGAAGGAGGAGCUGUCCAGGAAGAUGGGGGACAUUGAGGAGCUGUGUAACAUGACGGAUCCACUGACUGUCCUACAGGAAUCGGACACAGGUGACUUGUGUGAUACUGAGGAUGGAGAUGACGAGGACAGAGAGAGACGUGGAGGGGAUCUGAAUAUGGCGGGGAUCUCACACACAUUACACACAGGUUUAUCUAAUAUCAUGUCUGGGGUAAAUGUAGGGAAAUGUAGAGGCACACAUGUCUAUCCACAUUCUACUACAAAGGGCAAAGGUCACAUCAAUGCUAGGAGAGGUCGCCGAUUCAGGAGAUAUUCCCCAUCCACCCUCACCAUACAACACUCACACCUCCAGGCUGGAGGGCCAAACAUUGGAGCUGUACAACAAACAUCGGGGGUGUCAGGGGUUACAGACUUAUUACUGGAUGUGAGGACAGCUGGUAAUAAUCUACAUAUAUCAGAUGACAGGAAAACUGCAUCCUCAUCAUCAUCACAUCAGAAUCGCCCAGAAACACCAGAGAGAUUUUGGUGUCCUCAGGUGAUGAGCAGUCAGAGGUUUUCCUCAGGGAGACAUUACUGGGAAGUGGAUGUCGGAGGGUCAGAGUACUGGAGAGUCGGAAUGUGUUACCCGAGUAUAGACAGGAGAGGAGAUCAGUCAGUGAUUGCAUUUAAUAAGAAGUCCUGGGGUUUGGAGAGGUGGGGGGAUAAUAAGUACUCAGUGAUACAUGACAGUAAUAGAAUCCCAUUACCCGGCGUUGUCUCCAGUAACAGAGUCAGGAUAGAUCUGGAUUAUGAGGCCGGGCAGAUCUCCUUUUAUGAAUUGUGUGACCCGAUCCGACAUCUCCACACCUUCACCACCACCUUCACUGAGCCCCUCCAUGCUGGGGUACGGAUAGGAAUAGGUUGUCUAAAGAUAUCUGGAGGGAAUCAGAGGUGAGAAAUCUGCCCAGAGACUGGUGACAUCACAGGGGAGAGAAUCUGAUUGGUGAAAUCAAUAGAAGAAAAGUGGAGAACAUUAUUAUUUAUAAAGCUGCAGGCCUCGAAGCUGUCAUCUUCAUCCUAAACCUCACUUCACCACCUAGUGCACAGGUGUUAAACAAAAGGCCCGCUGGCUAAAUCUGGCCCUCCAGGCCAUUUCAUGUGGCCCUUGCACCUCUCCUGCAGCCUCAGGAGAGCUCCAGCCCUCCU